AUGACUUUCACUACUGCUGAGAAGGCCUCUAUAACCUCUAUCCGGUCCAAAGUGGCUGGUCAUGAGAGUGACAUUGGAGCAGAGGCUUUGGAAAGGUUGUUUCUGAGCUUCCCUCAGACGAAAACCUACUUUAGCCAUUUUGACCUAAGUCAUGGCUCCAAGGAUCUCCAAAACCAUGGUGGAAAGGUUGUAAAAGCCAUUGGAAGCGCUGCCCAACAUCUGGAUGAUCUUGACUAUGCUCUGUCCUCCCUCAGUGAGCUUCACGCCCACAAACUCAGGGUUGAUCCUGGCAACUUCAGAUUGCUGUCCCAUGCUAUUCAGGUGACUCUGGCUAUCCAUUUCCCUAUCCAAUUCACUGCUGAUGCCCAAGCUGCCUGGGACAAGUUUCUAUCUGCUGUGUCUUCCAUCCUGGUGUCCAAAUACAGAUAA